AUGGAGUUGCAAAGUCUUGACAGAUCUAAUAAUAUAAUGACAAUGCUCAAUAAAUACCCAGACCACAUUCCUGUCAUCGUCGAACGCGAUCCACACUGCACAACUUUACCAGAUAUCAAAAAUAAAAAAUUUUUUGUCACAAAAACUCUUUCAGUAGGAAAUUUUGUUUAUUGCGUACGAAACAGACUUGAUAUCAACGAAAAGGAUGCAAUUUUCUUGUUUGUUGAUAAUACGUUACCAAAUCCAAGCGAUAACCUUGGAGCAAUAUACGAAAAGCAUAAAUCAGAAGAUCAAAUGCUUCAUUGUACUUAUAGUUCUGACUCUGCUUACGGAUUUUUGUGA